AUGUUUGCAUAAAGAGAAGUUCUUUAUGGAAGAAAAAACUAUAUGUAUUUAGAUGCGGCUUAUUUUGAUAGAAUGUGGUAUUAUAUUAUGGAAUCUCUAAAUAAUACUAAAUUAUUUACAUCCUAAGAUCCAAAUUUUGAAAAGUAAUUUGAAAUAAUAAUAAUAUUUUAAGAAUGCUUGUGACAAAUAGCUUUUAAGACUUUUAUACCAAAGUUUAACUUAGCGAUUUGUGUGAAUACUUACCAGUAGAUAUAAAAAUUAGAGCAGAAUAGUUAUGUCCAACUAUAAUGAAUUAAAAUAUGAGGCAUGGUUUGAAAGCGAUGUUAAUAUAUAUUUAAAAUUUAAUCGAAACAGAUGUUGCUAUCAAUAAUUUUACUUAUAGAGCUAUACCUACUUAGAAUGAAUUAGAAGGGGCAUUUAUGAUAUCUGAAGUUAUUAAUGUAAUGAAUUCUAAUUUUUAUAAUGAUUUGAUUUAUGUUACAACCAAAUUGGUGGAUCAGUAAAAGGUAAAUCAUUCUUUAUAUUUAGAUUUUCAAUAUUAUCUAUUUAGUUAUACUUUUUAUUGUUUUUUUUAUAAUAAUAACUGAGGUUAAAAAUAAAAUUUAUGAGAACAGCAAAAUCAUUAUUCAUUUUGUAUAUGUAAUUCCAUCCCAAACAUUAUUCACUGAUGAUACAUUUGAGAGAACUCUCAGAACUUUGAUCAAUUUCUGA